UCUUUGCUCGUCUUCCACUUCCACACACACACAUACAAACAAGCCCUGCACCCACUCACUCCAUCACACAGCGCCCGCUCCUCUCUCUCUCCCCGCGUCUCUCCAGGCUCCUCUCGCGUGUCUCCUGAUCACAGGUGGACAUUGCAGCCACCCACUCCCAGCAGUCACCAUUUCCGCCCCGGAGAGCUCCACGCUGGCAGCACAGCCCCUUCCCCGGCUGAGCAUUGGGAGGAAGACCCUGGUGGCGGCCGCCGUGGGGGUCAUGCUGGUCCUGAUCCUUGUGGUCCUCAUCCCGGUGUUGGUCAGCUCCGUGGGGACUGGCGUCGCUGAUGCCAGCCACUAUGAGAUGUUGGGCACCUGCCGUAUGGUCUGUGACCCCUUUCUGGACACAGGUACGGGGACCGGCACAGGUGCAGCAACCGCCACGGCCACCACAGACCUCCAGACUGAGAAGGCAGACAACAACGCCCUCGGCGACCACAGCAUCGGACCUCCGUUGCCUACCUAUGGAGCCAAUGGGCCGCAGGGGAAGCCAGGACUACCGGGGAAACCAGGACCCCCAGGACCACCUGGAGAGCCAGGACCACCUGGACCCAAGGGCCCGCCAGGGGACGAGGUCAGGAAGGGGAUACUCGGCCUAGGGGGCAAGGGGGCCAUCAGCGCGGCCACUUACAGCAACACGCCCCGGGUGGCGUUUUUUGCCGGACUGCGUAACCCGCAGGAAGGCUACGACGUCCUGCGCUUCGACGACGUGGUCACUAAUCUGGGGGAUAACUUUGUGGGCUCGACAGGCAAGUUCACCUGCAAGAUUCCUGGCACCUACUUUUUCAUCUACAAUGUGCUAAUGCGAGGAGGAGAUGGCACCAGCAUGUGGGCGGACCUGAUAAAGAACGGCCUGGUCAGGGCCAGCGCCAUUGCCCAAGACCAGGACCAGAGUUAUGACUACGCCAGCAACAGUGUCAUCCUGCAUUUGGACGCCGGAGAUGAGGUCUUCAUCAAACUGGACGGGGGCAAAGCCCAUGGGGGCAACAGCAACAAAUACAGCACCUUCUCAGGGUUCAUCCUCUUCGCUGACUGAAGACAGGAGGAUGUGGGGGUCAAGGGUCAGGGCUGUAAGGCAUUCACUUCCUGUCUCUCAGUUGUCGCCAUCAUGGGACAGGUAGAUGUUGCCCCUAAGCACUGAUACAGGGUCAGAUUUAUUUCAAACCACAACAUGGAUAAGAUUAGGUAACUGGUCCUAGAUCUGUGGUUAAAGGCAACCUCCUACCUCAAGCCAGUGUUAUUUUUCUUCCAUAACUGCAUUUUGGAAUGGGUCUGCAUAUUGUCAUUGUGAUGAAUCAGGGAUUCACUUAAGGAGGAUGGUGUAAUACUUAUACCAUAUGUUGGCUGACAUGACAUUGCAAAGUGUAAAGAAGUACAUGUUUUUGAAAGUUAUGACGGAGGUCACUUAUGACUGCAUUGUCUACCUGCCAGAUGCUACUCUACAGUGUACAUAAUAUUUCAACCUUGGCCGUUUAUUUAAGGUGAUGUGCUUCAAGAACUCUAGACACAGUUUUUUGAUUUGCCAAUGUUGUGCCAAGUAUGUUGUUUUUAUCACUUAUAAAGAAAGACUUGAUUUGAAUCCGAGCCUGUUAAUCCUAUGUUGUCUGAUGAAUUUGAAAUGUUGUUACAUCCCAUAGUACUUGGCUCAUUAUUAGUGUAUAACGUUGUAAAUUGAAUAUUUAAUGUGGAAACACCAUACAAGCAAUGUCUGUCUGUAUGUUACUUGUUCAGUGUAUAUUGAAACUAUAGCCAUCAAGAUAUUGACGUACUAAGAUGUUGUCACAAGUGAGUGAACCAAAGUGAUGUUCAAGCGAUCCAUCUCAAAAGCUUGUGAUUGGCCCAUGCAUGUAUGUUUAUUUUCAUCAGUGUUGUGCAUCUCAACUAUGUUGAUGUCAGUAAAUGAACAACCAAUAGAUGGUAGCAAGCGUCAAGGGGCAUUUCUGUUUGUUUUUAUAACUCGUGCUUUAAU